AUGGGCGAGUGGACCAUCCAGCGGCUGCUGGAGGCGGCCGUGCAGCAACACUCCACCAUGAUCGGCAGGAUCCUGCUGACGGUGGUGGUGAUCUUCCGCAUCCUGAUCGUGGCCAUCGUGGGCGAGACGGUGUACGAGGACGAGCAGGCCAUGUUCACCUGCAACACCCUGCAGCCCGGCUGCCACCAGGCCUGCUACGACCAGGCCUUCCCCAUCUCCCACAUCCGCUACUGGGUCUUCCAGAUCAUCCUGGUGUGCACGCCCAGCCUCUGCUUCAUCACCUACGCCGUGCACCGCGCGGCCAAGCGGCGCGAGCGCCGCGGCCCCUUCCCCAAAUUCCAGCCCGACGGACCCUCGGACCCCAAAGAGGUGGCGUCGGCACCGCCCGAAAAUCACCGACAGCGUCGCCGGCGGCGUCCCCAGGAGGGUCUGUCGCGGUUCUACGCGGUGCAGGUGCUGUUCCGCAACGCGCUGGAGCUCGGCUUCCUGGGCGGGCAGUACCUGCUGUACGGGUUCCGCGUGCCGGCCAGCGUGGAGUGCGGCCGCUACCCCUGCGUGCGCCAGGUGGAGUGCUACGUGUCGCGGCCCACCGAGAAAACGCUCUUCCUCGCCUUCAUGUUCGCCGUCUCGGGCGUCUGCGUCCUCCUCAACCUGGCCGAGCUCAACCACCUGGGCUGGCGCAAGGUCAGGGCCGCGGUCAGGGGGGCCAGGGCCAGGAGGAGGUCGGUGCGGGGCAAGGACGCGGCGGGAGGAGCCGGGGGAGGCGGCGGCGUGGACGGCACGGUGACGGUGGCUGGACUGGGCAGGACGCAGUCCAGUGAGUCGGCCUAUGUGUAAAUGGGAUGGAACUGGGCUGAACUGGGGCCUAUGUGUAAAUGGGAUGGAACUGGUCUGAACUGGGGCCUAUGUGUAAAUGGGAUGGAACUGGUCUGAACUGGGGCCUGUGUGUAAAUGGGGGAUGGAACUGGGCUGAACUGGGGCCUAUGUGUGAAUGGGAUGGAACUGGGCUGAACUGGGGCCUAUGUGUAAAUGGGAUGGAACUGGGCUGAACUGGGGCCUGUGUGUAAAUGGGAUGGAACUGGGCUGAACUGGGGCCUAUGUGUAAAUGGGGAUGGAACUGGUCUGUACUGGGGCCUAGGUGUAAAUGCUGGGCCUGGACCGUGGGUGCCAGGCCCGGUGUGAACUGGGGCCCACGUGUGACAGCCCGGCCCACGUGUAAAUGGAGGGCCUGGUGUAAAACCCUGGGCCUACACGUGAUCCAAAGGCCUGCACUGUGGGAGAUUGGUGUGGACUAAACCCUGUCCUAUGUGUAAACGAUGGAUAGAUAGGCCUGGUCUAAAGUGGGGCCUACGUGUAAAUGAUGGGCCUGGAUUGUGGGAGAUUGGUCUGGUUUAAAUUGGAGCCUACAAGUGACAAAAAGGCCUGGUUGAAACUGGGGCCUGCGUGUAAAUGACAGAAAGGUCUGGUGUAAAUGAUGGGCCUGGAUUGUGGGAGAUUGAUCUGGCCUAAACUUGGGCCUACAAGUGACAAAAAGGCCUGGUUGAAACUGGGGCCUACAAGUGACAGAAAGGCCUGGUUGAAACUGGGGCCUACAAGUGACAGAAAGGACUGGUGUAAACUGGGGCCUACAAGUGACAGAAAGGCCUGGUCUAAACUGGGGCCUACAAGUGACAAAAAGGACUGGUCUAAACUGGGGCCUACAAGUGACAGAAAGGCCUGGUUGAAACUGGGGCCUACAAGUGACAGAAAGGACUGGUCUAAACUGGGGCCUACAAGUGACAGAAAGGCCUGGUCUAAACUGGGGCCUACAAGUGACAGAAAGGACUGGUGUAAAUGAUGGGCCUGGAUUGUGGGAGAUUGGUCUGGUCUAAAUUGGGGCCUACAAGUGACAGAAAGGCCUGGCCUAAACUCGGGUCCUGGGCAGGAGCAGCCCAGCGAGCCGACCCACGGGUGGAUGGUGGUGGAAAGGCCCGAAUUUGGAGGGUUUGGAGCCAAAAUUGACCCCCAAAAUGUUGAGGUUUCAACCCCAAAAAUGUUGGGGUUUGACCCCCAAAUUUUGGGGGGUUUACAGCCAAAAUGACCCCCAAAAAUGUUGGGGUUUCACUUCCAAAUUUGGGGGGGUUGGAGCCAAAAUGACCCCCAAAAAUCUUGAGGUUUCACCCCCCCCAAAUCUGGAGGGUUUGGAGUCAAAAUUGACCCCCAAAACGUUGAGGUUUUCAACCCCAAAAAUGUUGGGGUUUGACCCCCAAUUUGGGAGCCAAAAUGACCCCCCAGAUUUUGGGGGGUUUGGAGCCAAAACGACCCCCAGAAUGUUGGGGGGGUUCACCCAAAUUUCGAGGGUUUGGAGCCAAAAUGACCAGACUUUCACCCCAAAAAUGUUGGGGUUUCACCCCCAAUUUUGGGGGGGGUUUGGGGUCCAAAUGACCCCCAAAAUGUUGGGGUUCCACUUCCAAAUUUCAGGGGUUUUGAGCCAAAAUGACCUCUAAAAAUGUUGGGAUUUCACUUCC